GCGGCGCGUGGCGGAGAGGCGCUCGAGGGGUCUUUCCUGGUCCCUUAUCAGGGGGCCCAUUACCGGGUGCACUACUCGACGGGGGAGGCCCGGUGUUACCUCUGCCAGGAAAUGAAAGUUUUGUUUCUAAUCGGAUUCUGAAAUCACGUGACUGUGCAGCACAAGUUGAGCACCCAGUUGGCUACAAGAAGCUAAGAGGAGAGGCAAGAAGCCUGAAAGAAAGGCAGAUAAAUCCUAUGUUUCCUUUGGAGGCGUCUUCCCUCUCUAUUUCUGCUGCCUGAGAUAAAGCUAGGUCCCAGCCACACUCUCGUGUUUGUCUUCACUCAGACAAGGAAUAAGAAGUGGCUUUUUGAAUCUCCUUUUGGACCUUGUCCAGCUCUUCAUUGCAACGUGACAAAGGCGGCAUUGGCAGUUGAAGGGAAAGGAGAUCUUACUGCCUGUGCCCUACCUGGCUCCUUCGGGCAUCACGGGUACUGAAGUUGCUCUGGGAGGCAGAAGGAGCCCUAGGGUGUAUGCUUCACCAUGGGAACUCAAUCAACAGAGGACACCACAAAUCAGAUGACUGCUACCUAUGCCCCUUGCCCACAUUAGUUAGCUCCGUUUAGUGGAACAGGGGAGAUGCACGAAACUGAUGGCGAGACAACAGUGGUUUCGGUCCCUUCCCCCUUUAUUUUGUAAUCUCAGCUUUUUAAAAUUCAUGGCCUCUCCUGACCAGAGAGAACAGUACAUUCUAUUAAGGCUGAUAAGCUGUGUCUCUGCUGUAUUUUUCUCCAGCAGCCGUUGAUAUGCCAUGGCCUUUCCCGGGACUGCAGCUAACAAUGUGACUCUGCUCAUCCCUCCAUACAGCCCUGAUGACACUCAGAGGAAAUUCCCAAGAAAGAAUGAGGCGCUAGGGGCUAUACAGAUCAUCAUUGCCUUAAUACACCUUGGCCUUGGGGGCAUCUUGUUCUUCUCUUCAAAAGAAUCUGUCCCGCUGUGCAUGGCUUCCUGGUACCCGUUCUGGGGAGCAGGACUUUUCAUCGUUUCUGGGUCCCUCUCAGCUGCAGCUGCAACUGCAAAGAAUAUCACAGAGGGUCUGGAGGCAGGCAGCAAUAUGUUGAAUGCCAUCAGCUUCCUUGCCUCAUUAGCUGGAGGAAUAAUGUUGGGAAUUGAUUUGAUUAAUAUUUGCAUUCUAAACAAGUAUAAAGUUUCCAUCCCGAUUUUGGAUAAAAUCCGCUUAGUCAGCUUUCUUCUCCCUCUUCGCUGUGAAGAAAGCCCCAUCCCUUGGGACUACUGUCAGAGCAUCAGUUCUUACAAUACGGGCAUCUUGGCCUUGAUGCUGAUCUUCUCUGUAAUCCAGAACAUUGUUUCUAAAGCUGCUGUCUCCUCUGACUCGGAUAAGUCACAGGAUCAUAAGGCAGAGCAAGUGUUUCCUUUGCUGUCACCCCCACAACCACAGUUCAGCAAUGGAACCAGUCCUCCAUGGCAGCAGUCUAUCAGCAGCAUCUAACAAACUCCAAGCAGCUUUCAUGGGUAAACAGCAUAUAUGCAGGGUACCUGAAUCUCUCCCUCCCAUUGCAGAUAAGAUGCCCUUCUCUCUCUUCUUGAGUCUGGUCCAGGGAUCGCAUGUGUUUUCACAGUACGCAGAAGGGAAGAUGGACAAUAAUUACUUACUAGCUUUAUCCAGCCUCUUGGAAAACGACUCUUAUGCCAGCUUCUUCAAUAAUGGGUUGAAAAGGGAUCGUGAGUUGGUUCUUACAAUCUCACUUGAUCUGAGUGUAUGGGGGUAGUGGGCUUACCUCUCAUCUCCCAAAUGGGAUGGAUUUCCAGCAACUUUAGAAAUCCUGGAAGCCAUUGUGACUGUGUUGAAAUGUCACAUGGUGAUGAGCUGUUGUGUUUCCCAGACAGAGCAUGGAGAACAGAAGAGCCCUAUUAUAGCAGCAGCAACCUCUAUUGAUAGUUAUUGGGUUUUUUCCCCUUUGCUCCCAAAUUUCACCCUUUUAGGCUGAAAUUUUCUAAUCCCUGGUUUCUGUUUUUAGGUGCACAUGGAGUUUAAAAGGGGAAGUAGCUCCGCUACAUCUCAGACUGUAAGAGUGACAAAUACCUGACAUUCCUUAAUUAUAAAAUAAUUCUUAUGCCACUCUUUUGAAUGGUUCUCUUGCCCAAAUGGGUAGCAUUAGAAAGAUGAAAUUUCCUAGAAAAAUAGCCUUCAUUUAAGAGAAGGACCCUGAAGAGUUCUGGUGAAGAUCAGCUUGAAUUUGGCAGCAAAGGCUGAGGGUAGGUAUCAGUUAAACAAGGGUAAAAAUCCCUACAGGUGUCUUAGUUACCUAAAAGCCAGGCAAUUCAAUAUUAAGGUUAAAUUUACAGGAAACCCAACAUUAGAAAAUGUGGAAAGUAACUAUUAAAUAACCCAAAUUACCUUAAGUCUGGCUUCCCUUAGGGGCAGUUUGUGGAGCCUUUGCUUUAGUGAGUAGAACUGGGAGAUUAAUUGCCUUUUUUUUUAUUUGGUGGCUGGCCCAAAAAAUCUGACAAGCUUUUUGUUUUCAGAUCAACCCAAAAUGACACUCUCUUUUUUUUUUUUUUUUUUUUAAUUUCAGCAAGAAACCAAAGCCGCCAACAAAAACUUUGUUUUGGGUCAAAUUAAAUGUUUGUUCAAUCCAAAAUGUUUGUUUUGCGGUCUUUUGCCCUUUGUUGUUGGUGUUUUGGGGGUUUUUUUAGUUAAAUCUAGCUGAAUUUCUAAAUAAAAUGUUGACAUGUUUCAACUUUGAAACAUUUCCACCCCCGCCCCAAUUUUUUUCAGCCAAAACUCUGCCAAAUUCAACCCGAAUUCGCCAUCAGUUUCAGUCAACCUGCAACUGAUUUUUCUUUGGAAAAUUAACUAUACACCAGACUCCCCCCACUUCUACUAACGAAGACUUAUUGAAGUAGUCUUAUUGGUUCCAAUGGAACAACUCGCCACUUGUGUAAGGGAGCCACAAUCUUGAUCUGAGAGACCCAGAUCUUUAAUCAUCCCUUCCUUGUUCCUUUUGAUUGUGAAUUCUUUUUCAAAGGAACCCAAGGAAGUUAAGCACCAACUGCCUUCAGCUCAUACGAAAACUCCAGCCUUCAUAUCAAGAUAAGGCCUGCUUCUGUAUCAGGGACUCAAAGCCACCAGCUUUGCUUAUUGCUUAAAAUGUGUACAGCUGUUGUAGUGGUAGACUACCCAGGUGCAAGGGGAGAAAUGUACUCCAGAGAGAAUUGGUUUAGAACUGGUUUCAUGUUUCCAUUGUAAACACACUAGCUUUGUGUCUAAUGAUGCCGGCUGGCACAUGGAAUCACAGCACCCAGUCCUGUGAGCUGCUGGGAACUUUGAAGGAUUGGGCCUUUAAUGAUGAGCAGGGAAUGAUCACGAUCAGCAUGUUAUUUGUCUAAUAAAAAACUUGGAAAGCA